AUGACUGGACUGAUACAGGAUGCUUCAAGCGUGGUACUGUACGAGUCGGAUUCACGGAAAAACAAAGGAAGAGAGAAAACGAAGGCAUUCGUAAGCUCACACGGGACCAAGGUCGACGAGGUGUCCACUCCGAAAGCGACGCAAUUCAAGUCGGGUGCAUGUCUACAUUGCGAAAAAGAAGGUCAUGAGCUUCGGGAGUGUCAAACGUUUAGAGCGCUCUCCAUCGACGAUCGUUGGCGACGGAUUCGGGCACUAAGCGUGUGUCAAAUCUGUCUAUUCGGACAUGAAAGAAGAGCUUGCCGCAGUAACAACCGAUGCAACGUUAGCGGAUGUCAGUUCAAGCAUCAUCCUCUAUUGCAUGGGAAGUCGACAGCACCUGCAACUCAAGUUGGUAACAGUCACACUCAUCGGCUUCUGGAUUCGGGUGUCUUGUUCCGGAUUAUACCCGUGACGUUGCACGGAAAGUCAGGGAAAGUUGAUACCUUCGCUUUUCUGGACGAAGGCUCGUCAUUGACGCUAGUCGAAGGUGAUCUGGUAGCGCAGCUUGGGUUGGCAGGAGAACCACGUCCACUCUGUCUGAGAUGGACCGGGGAUACGUCGCGGGUAGAGAAGGAGUCACAGACCGUGACAAUUACAGUUUCGGGACCGAAUCAGAAGCGAUAUUACAAACUUAUAAAUGCUCGCACGGUACAGAAUUUGAACCUACCGACGCAAUCCUUCGAACUAGAAGAGGCAGCUAAGAAGUUUGCUCACUUGAAAAAGUUGCCAAUUCAAAGCUACAACUACGCCAGACCGGAGAUUCUAAUCGGGCUAGACAACUUAAAGCUUGCUGUACCAUUGAAGACAAGAGAAGGAGAUGGAUCAGGACCCAUUGCCGUCAAAACACGACUAGGAUGGUGCGUCUACGGGCGGCAAGAUUCAACGAGCAGCGAGGACUACAGCUUCCAUUUUUGCGAAUGUACGAGUAACGAAGCGUUGCACGAGAGUGUUAAACAGUUUUUCGCUGUGGAAGAGAAUGGGGUACAGCAACUCGGGACCACUCUCACUGCGGAGGAAAAGCGUGCUCAAGAAUUAUUGGGAAAAACAACGAAGCGUGUUGGUAGACACUUCGAGACGGGCCUACUGUGGAACGGUAUGGCAUUGCGAAGACAUCAGUGUCUCCAACGGAGGAUGGAACGCAAACCAGCUCUGAGAGAAAACAUCAGCCGUCAAAUCCGAGAGUACGUGGAAAAAGGAUUCGCACAUAAAGCAACUCCUGCUGAUUUGAACAAUGCGGAUCCCAGGAAAGUUUGGUUCUUACCAUUGGGAGCAGUUACGAAUCCAAACAAACCUGGAAAGGUGCGCCUUGUAUGGGACGCGGCGGCCAAAGUUUCUGGUGUAUCGCUGAAUAAUGUGUUACUGAAAGGGCCGGACCAACUAACGCUCUUGCCUGCCGUACUCUUCCGUUUUCGUCUGUACUACGUAGCUGUGGGUGCAUACAUAGAGCAAAUGUUCCGUCAGUUAGGCAUUCGAUUAUCCGAUAGGAACUCGCUGCUUUUCCUGUGGAGUGAAACACCCGAUGGACCGGUAGAGAUUUACCUGAUGGACGUUGCGACGUUCGGUGCCACUUGCUCGCCUGCGUCAACACAGUAUGUGAAAAAUUUGAAUGCCAAGGAACACAUCCAGCAGUACCCAAGGGCCGUCGAAGGGAUAUUGAAGAGUCACUACGUCGACGAUUACCUCGACAGCUUUGGCAGUGAAAGUGAAGCGGAGAAGGUUUCAGCAGAGGUGCGACUGGUUCAUCACAACGGAGGAUUCCAUCUACGAAAUUGGAGAUCGAACAGCGGAAAAGUCUUGGCGGAACUUGGGGAAUCAGCGGUAGUAGACAGCAAGAACCUGUAUGUUGAUUGCGGUGAACAAGUGGAUCGAGUACUCGGCAUGCUGUGGUCAUCAAGAUCGGACGAAUUGAGUUUCUCCACCCGUAUGAGUGAUGAAGUUAGGAACCUCCUGGACAGCGGCGCUCGGCCGACCAAACGUCAAGUAUUACGAUGCGUAAUGUCACUGUUUGACCCGUUGGGAUUAUUCGCACCGUUCAUAAUUCACGGGAAGGUGUUAAUCCAGGAUUUGUGGCGGGCUGGAACAGACUGGGAUGAAGCGGUAGGCGAUGAAGUGUUUGAGCACUGGAAUCGCUGGACAAGGAUGAUCGAGUUCAUUUCAACCGUGAAGAUACCGAGGUGUUAUUUUCCCAGAGCCACCACAGAAACGUACAAGGAUGCUCAACUUCACGUAUUCGUCGACGCCAGUGAGAUUGCUUACUCGUGUGCAGCUUACAUUCGAACGACCGUAGGAGAUGGAGCACCUGCUUGUGGAGCACCGCACAAACCGAUGUCCAUUCCAAGGUUGGAGCUGCAAGGAUGCGUUCUCGGUACACGUCUACUAAAAUUCGUAGAAGACAAUCAUCCAAUCACUUUCUCUAAAAGGUUCCUCUGGACGAACUCUACGACAGCGCGAUCAUGGAUCCGGUCGGACCCACGGCGCUACAAGCCCUUCGUAGCUCAUCGAGUAGGAGAGAUACUGGAGAGUACAGAUGUAAGCGAGUGGAGAUGGGUUCCAUCCAAGCUUAACCCAGCAGAUGAGGCAACCAACUGGGGCCGAGGACCUUACUUCGAUCACAAUAGCCAAUGGUUUGACGGGCCAGAAUUCUUGCGACUUCCACAAGAAGCCUGGCCAAAGGCGGCCGAGUCAACUGAAUCUACUUCCGAAGAUGUCAGACCGUCCGUGUUGUUCCAUAUCGUAGUUGAACCAGUACUGGACUUCGAACGAUUUUCGUCGUGGAAGAGAAUGCUACGCACCACAGCAUACGUCUUACGUUUCCUCUAUAACACCUCCAAACCGGAGCAGAAGUUGCUUGGACCGCUUACACAAGCUGAGCUACUCGGCGCUGAGCACACGAUUUUGAAACGCAUACAGCGGGAGAGUUAUCCCGAUGAAACGGCCACCCUCGAACGGAAUAAAUGCGAGCCGAACGACAACCAGGUGCCCCUUGAACGGAAAAGCAAGCUGUUUAAGUUGAUGCCUGAAGUAGACGACGUCGGUUUGAUGCGACAACGGAGCUGUAUAGUAGCCGCGACGGAUGUGACCUACGAUGCCCGGCUUCCGAUUAUUUUGCCCUCAAAGCACCGGGCGGUGAACCUUCUAAUAGAAGAUUAUCAUCGCCGUUACCGGCAUGCGAAUAGCGAAACCGUCGUUAACGAACUUCGUCAGCGCUACAACAUCCCCAACUUACGUCAGCUUGUGAAGAAGGUCGCGUAUACCUGCCAGCUGUGCAAGAUCCGCAAGGCUAUUCCUAGAAAUCCACCGAUGGCUGCACUUCCUCCAGCUCGUCUUGCGAUGCAUGUUCGUCCGUUUAGCUACGUGGGUCUGGAUUAUUUUGGUCCUCUUCUAACAAAAGUGGGAAGAUCAAACGUGAAGAGAUGGAUCGCUCUCUUUACGGGUCUCACUGUACGAGCCGUACACCUCGAGGUAGCGUACAGUUUGUCAACGGCUUCCUGCAUAUCCUGUGUACGACGAUUCAUCGGGCGCCGAGGAUCGCCGAUCGAAAUCUUCAGCGACAAUGGAACGAACUUUCAAUGA